AUGGCAAAUCCAUUGCGUAAGACUCUAAAAUGCACAUUUUUUUUAUUUGCAACCUAUUUUACUUUGCCAUUCGUAGUGAAAGUUUCUGUGGAUCUUACAAAUAAUUUUUUCACCUCCUCGAUAUCCUUCAAUUUGGACACGCUCUACAUCAAUUGGAACACAACAUUCCCAGCUGUAACUGUCUGUGAGAUCUACAAUGGCGAGAAAGUGUGGGAUAUAAGUGAGAAAUAUUUCGGCACAAAUCACGAUCUUCAACUGGAUGAUUUUGUCAGUGAGGUGGUGUACUUUCGCGGCACCUGCACUACUUGCGAUAAAUGUGAGCGAAUAAAAUGUCCGCAAAAUUUCACAGAGCUAUUGACACGGUUUCGUAGUGAAUGCUCGCAGCUACUGUUCAAUUGCAGAUAUAUAAAUCGACGCUUUAACUGCUGUGAUGAAUUUUUGCCCAUCCAUACGGAAUAUGGUAUAUGUUUUACAUUCAAUUCGAAUCAAGCACGCAAGAGUGACGAAAUAAGAUUCGCCAGUAAUCGUGAGAUUGGUCCUGGAAAUUUGAAAUUCGACACAUCUGCCAACAUUCAACUUCUCAUACAUUCACCCAUCGAUAUUCCUUUACUUUCAUUCGAGAGUAUGAUUCGUGAAACUAUUUUACUUGGUAGCAGUAAAGAGCUCAUCAUCAAUGUCAUGGAGGUGUAUAACCAUGCCAGCGUCUAUCAGCUAUCGUUGGAUCAGCGCCGCUGCCGCUUCAGGCACGAACGCACAGAUUGGGGUCGUAACGCAGGAUUUUACGAUUAUUACAGCUUUCCCACUUGCAUUGUGGAGUGCGUCUUGGUGGCACAAUUGCAGCAUUGUAAUUGUAGUAGCCAUUUGCUAGUGCCAUCAGUGACAUCUAAUAGCACGGCCGUGCCUGCGUGUGAUUAUCGAGGCUUAAGUUGUCUGACUAGAAACUAUGAGGAAAUACAGUUGAUGCGGAAGUCGUGCGAUUGCAUGAGCUCAUGUGAAGAACCAGAAUACAAUAUCGUUUAUAAUUCUCCCGAUGGGGAAAGUGAAAGUGAUUUGGAACUAACGCAGGUGCUUAUUAGCCUUAUUGAACUACCAACUCAACGUUAUAUUCGACGUGUCACCAAAACUCCGUUGGACUUACUCAUUUCUGUAGGGGGUAUUGUCGGGCUCUUUUUAAAUGCCUCUCUUCUACGCCUAUUGGAAUUAGUAUUUUUGGUUAAAGAAUUUAUGCUGAGUUUUUAUGGAAGCGGAAUUAACAUACGGAUAAACUGAAUAAUUGGUGGA